AGAAGAGAGAGAAUGGGGCACGUGAGAACUAAGACGGUGAAGAAAUCUUCAUGCCAAGUCAUCGAGAGGUACUACUCUUGCAUCACCCUUGAAUUCCACACCACCAAGAAGGUUCUAGAAGAAGUCACACUCAUCCCUUCCAAGAGGCUCCGCAACAAGAUCGCAGGCUUCUCCACUCACUUCAUGAAGCGAAUCCAGAAGGGACCGGUCAGAGGCAUCUCCCUCAAGCUUCAAGAAGAGGAGAGGGAGCAUCGCAUGGACUUCGUUCCUGAUGUGUCUGCCAUUGACAUUCAGCAUAUCGAGGUUGAUAAGGAAACUAUCGACAUGCUUCAAUCUCUAGGUAUGUCUGACAUCCCUGGAAUCACUCAGGUCAAUCCUGCUCCUGUUCAGCAGAUUCUGUUUGGCCACCCUGGCGCUGGAUUCAGCGGUGCUCAGCAGAGGUACUGAGAAACAGAAUUUUUCAAUGUUUUGGUAUCCUCUUAUCGAUAUUAGGGUUCUUAAUUUGGGUGAAAAGUAAUGUGUUUUGCUUGAACCGUUUUGGUUUUUGUUUUUUUAUUAUUGUCCUUUGAAAUUAAUACGGUGGUGGUGACUGGUGACUUGUUAGUUAAAUUCUGCGAUUUGUUUUU